CCGGCAGGAUGACGAAGAAGUUUGAAUUCAACUGGCAGAUCCCGGUGCCGGAACCGCUCCUCACCGGAUGCGUGUUCGAUCGCUGGACGGAGGAGAAGGACAACAACGAGCUGGAACCGAACUGCAUGUUUAAGGUGGACGAGUACGGGUUCUUCAUCUACUGGAAAAGCGAGGGCCGGGAAGGUGACGUUAUUGAGUUAUGUCAAGUGAGCGAUAUCAGAGCGGGCGGAAUGCCAAAGGACAUGAAGCUGUACAAUCAACUGUGCAACAAGCACGGUGAAAAUGUGGAGGAAAAAUCUCUGACCAUCUGUUCCGGCACGGACUACAUCAACAUCAACUAUCAGCAUGUCGUCUGUCCGGACGCAGCGACGGCCAAGAUCUGGGUGGAUGGUUUGCGCAAAAUCACUCACAACGGCAAGGCCAACAAUUUCUGUCCAAUGACAGCUCUCAAAAAGCAUUGGAUGAGAUUGGGUUUUCUAGUCGAUCCGCGUGGAAAAGUGCCAGUCAAGGUGGUUGCCCGAACAUUCGCUUCCGGCAAAACAGAAAAACUAGUCUAUCAGAUUCUUUCCGAUCUGGGUCUGCCGAGCGGUAAGAACGACGUGAUCGAGAAGGCUGACUUUACGUUUGAAAAGUUCUACGAACUAUACCACAAGAUCUGUCCCCGUAACGACAUCGAAGAGCUCUUCCGGUCCAUCACGCAGGGUAAAGCGAAUGCUAUCAAUCUGGACCAGUUUAUCAACUUUCUUAAUGAAAAGCAGCGUGAUCCAAGGUUGAACGAGAUCCUCUACCCGUUGUACGAUGAAAAGCGAGCACUCGAAAUUAUUACCACGUACGAGCAAAAUGAUGAAGCUCGGGAAGCAAAAACCCUCACCAAGGACGGCCUGAUUCGGUACCUUAUGUCGGACGAGAAUGCGCCCGUCUUUCUUGACCGGCUCGACAUCUACAUGGACAUGGAUCAACCACUGUCUCACUACUACAUCAACUCGUCUCACAACACGUACCUGUCCGGACGUCAGUUCGGUGGCAAAAGCUCGGUCGAGAUGUACCGUCAAACGUUGCUGGCCGGCUGUCGGUGCGUCGAGCUGGAUUGUUGGGAUGGUAAGGGCGAAGACGAAGAACCGAUCAUCACCCACGGUAUGGCCAUGUGUACCGAUAUCCUGUUUAAGGAUGUGAUUUACGCGCUGCGUGAUACCGCGUUCGUCACAUCCGAUUAUCCGGUAAUCCUGUCGUUUGAAAAUCAUUGCUGCAAAUCGCAACAGUACAAGUUGGCCAAGUACUGUGACGAGAUUCUAGGCGAUCUACUACUAAAGGAACCGAUUCCCGACUUUCCGCUUGAUCCGGGUGCACCACUACCGCCACCAUCCGCCCUCAAACGGAAGAUCCUCAUAAAAAAUAAGCGCCUAAAGCCGGAAGUUGAAAAGAAGGAGCUCGAGCUGUUCCUGCAGGGUGAGUUUGUGAUUGAAGACGAAGUGAAGGAGGAUGCGAGUGCGGUGGUAGAUGCGACGAAAAUUGCGGAACUAGCAGCCCCCGCAGCAACCGCCGUAGCACCGGUAGCAGCCGCAGCCGCCUCACAGGACGGUGGCGAAGAAGCACCACCAAUCCAGUACACCGGUUCCACCACCAACGUCCAUCCGUGGCUGUCGUCGAUGGUGAACUACGCGCAGCCGGUUAAAUUUCAAACGUUCGAUUAUGCGGAAAAGAAAAACGUCCACCACAAUAUGUCCUCGUUCGCGGAGACGACUGGCAUGAAUCUGCUAAAGUCGCAAGCCAUCGAGUUUGUCAACUACAACAAGCGACAGAUGUCACGCAUCUAUCCGAAAGGUACGCGGGCCGAUUCGUCCAACUACAUGCCGCAGGUGUUCUGGAAUGCGGGCUGCCAGAUGGUGUCACUUAACUUCCAAACGUCCGAUCUGCCGAUGCAGCUAAAUCAGGGCAAGUUCGAGUACAACGGCAACUGUGGCUACCUGUUGAAACCGGAUUUCAUGCGACGUGCCGAUCGUAGCUUCGACCCAUUUGCGGACGCACCGGUCGAUGGUGUGAUUGCGGCGUCCUGCGCGGUACAAGUCAUUGCCGGCCAGUUCCUUUCGGACAAGAAGGUCGGCACGUACGUUGAAGUGGACAUGUACGGUUUACCAUCCGACACCGUGCGCAAAGAGUUCCGUACGCGCAUGGUCCCGGCUAACGGACUAAACCCGGUGUACAACGAGGAACCAUUUCUUUUCCGUAAGGUAGUGCUGCCCGAUCUGGCCGUGUUGCGGUUCGGUGUGUACGAUGAAAAUGGUAAGCUGCUCGGUCAGCGCAUACUACCGCUGGACGGUUUGCAGGGCGGUUAUCGGCACAUCUCGCUCCGUACCGAGGCUAACUUCCCGAUGUCACUGCCCAUGCUGUUCUGUAACAUUGAGCUAAAAAUCUACGUACCGGACGGGUUCGAAGAUUUCAUGGACGCACUGUCGGAUCCGCGUGCCUUCAUGGGUGCCGCGAAGGAGCGUUCGGACAACAUGAAGGCGAUGGGUAUCGAGGAAACGGGCAAGAAGGAAAAGGAAGAGCAGGCCCGCAAAGAGGAGCAGCGCGUAACGGAACCACCGCUCGUGUUCGAUCCGAUUACGGUCGAUUCGUUGCGACAGGAGAAGGGCUUCCAGAAGACGGCCAAAAAGCAGCAGAAGGAGCUGGACGCGGUGAAGAAGAAGCACGCGAAGGAACGGGCCGGUGUGCAGAAGCAACAGAACGCAGCGAUCGAGCGACUGAUCAAGGGCAAAAGUAAGGACGAGAUUAAGGCCGACCCGGCCGUACGCAAGCUUAUUCAAGAACAAAACACCCAGUGGACGGAGAUGGCCGAACGGCACAAGAAGGAGGAGUGGGAGCUGCUGAAGCAGCAGCUCGCCGACCAGCAGGACAUAUUGCGCAAGCUGAUGGAGACGACGCAGGCCUCGCAGAUGAAGCAGCUCGAGGCGAAACAUGAGCGCGAGAUUAAGGAGCUGAACAGCAGACAGGCGAAGAUCUCGGUCGAAACGUCGAAGGAGGUCGCGAACGACAAAACGCUCAAGACCAAGGGCGAGAAAGAUCGGCGGCUGCGCGAGAAGAAGCAAAACAACAUCAAGCGGUUCAUGGACGAGAAAAAGACUGCCACCAUCAAGCAGAAUCGGGAGAAGGAAAAGCUGAAAGUGACCCACGACAAGCAGCUGGAGGAGUUGGCGAACGAUGUGCAAAAGCUGUCGGCUAGCGGCUGUAAGCUUAUUAGUAGCGGCAGUAGUACUAGCAUUAGUGGCGAUCAAAAGUCAACCAGCGCCGGAAGCAACGCAUCUGUACCGGCGUCGCCAGUGGUUACGGUGGCGCCCGUCCCAUUUCGUAGCUUCUCCACCAUUCCACCACCGUCCGCGCAACAUCUGAUCCGAUUGAACACGAUCGAGGAAGCGCGAAAGCGCGAAGAAGCCAAACAAUCCGACUGUCCCUGCAUUUGUUCGUGACGACUGUUGGUGGUCGUG